AUGGGUCAAACACUUUCUGAACCUGUCACGUCAAAAGAGUCCGAAAAAGUAGAAAAUCAUCUGUACUCAGUCGGGAGUAGUAGCAUGCAAGGAUGGCGUAUAAAUAUGGAAGAUGCACAUACACACAUAUUAGCUUUACCGGAAGACAAAAGUUGUGCUUUUUUGGCUGUCUAUGAUGGCCAUGGUGGAGCUAAAGUUGCACAGCAUUCAUGUAAACAUUUACAUACACGGAUUGCUAAUCUACAGGAAUUCAAACAAGGGAAUAUUGAAACAGCCAUAAGAAAAGGUUUUAUUGAGUUCGAUAAAGAAAUGGCUUUAGACGAAGAGAUACGAGAAGAUUUAGCAGGAACAACAGCCAUAUGUGUUAUUAUCAAAGACGAUAAACUUUAUUGUGGAAAUGUCGGUGAUAGCAGAGCUAUUGCGUCAGUUAAUGGCAAUGUGGAAAUUCUUUCAAUUGAUCAUAAACCUAAUAAUGAAGAUGAAAGAAAACGUAUAACAGCUGCGGGAGGUUGGGUAGAAUUCAAUCGUGUUAAUGGUAAUUUGGCAUUAUCUCGAGCUCUCGGAGAUUUCGUAUUUAAGCAGAAUCCCGAUAAAAAACCAGAAGAACAAGUUGUAACCGCGGCUCCUGAUGUUAUGCUUAAAACAAUCAAUGAAGGCUGGGAAUUUGUAUUACUUGCUUGUGAUGGCAUUUGGGAUGUGCUUAGUAAUGAAGAAGUUUUAAAAUUCGUCCGAGCACGAGUAGCUCUACAAAUGCCACCGGAAAUGAUCUGUGAAGAACUAAUGACGCGUUGUUUGGCGCCGAACUGUCAAAUGGGUGGUCUUGGUUGUGAUAAUAUGACAGUUGUACUAUGUCUUUUACUUCAUGGUGAGCCUUACUCAACAUUGGCAGCCAAAUGUUCGAAGAAUGUCUCUAAUGGAGAUGUAUCACCAUCGAAAUGA